AUGGCGCACUACCAGAAUGGCUAUCCCACCUAUAGCCAGCCAUCCACCUCUCCGCCCGGCUCGCAGCCCACCCGAUAUGACCUGUAUCCCCCCCAGCCGGCUAGCCCGCAGUUGCGCAGGAUGCCCAGUUAUAACGAGGGGGACGACGCGGGUGUUGUCCUAGGCUCCCCUCACUCGCAGAACGCCAGAGCCGCCGAGAUCAAUGCUCAGUAUGCAAGCUGGGCCGCGGGCGAGGGUCAAUCGAGCUACAAUCUCACCAACGCUGGCCGCGAUGAUUAUGCCGACCCGCGAUAUGCGCACCUCCCACCCCCCACCUCGCCUCGCGCCCGUGCCUCCUCGCAGUCCAGCUACCAGUACCAGUAUGGCUCGCCCGGUGCCGCUCCCACCUCGCCGACUCAGUUGACAUACAACCCCCAACAAUACGCCAUGCCUCCUACUCCGUCGCAGCAGCAGAUCGGCUUCAGCCCACUCACCUACUCCGGACCGGCGCCCCCGAGUCACCAAACCUACAAUCCUGCGGCCUACCAGCCUGCCGGGUUUGUUUCCUCUCCGGUGCAGCUACAACCCUCGUAUGCGCAGGCUCCGCCCACGCCGCAGUCCUACGGACCCCCCCAUCCGCAGCUCCCGCCGCCACCGCCGCCGCGGGGAUCCGAUCACCCAUACGGAGGCCGCCCGUCUCCCGCGUAUGGAGGUGUUUCACCGGGGACUAACCACGGCUUCUCAGCGCAGCAGGCGUCAUCCCCUGGUUCUUUGUCGUACGGCAUGGCCUCCCCAUCAACACCGAGUACAGGCUACCCUCCGCCCUAUGCAGGAGGGUACAUCUCGCAAUCGCCAUCUCGUUCUGAUACCCUCUUGGCCUCCCCUUUCGAUGACCCGCCUCCUGCACCACCGGCUCACUCGGCGUCCACGGAGGACGCCUUCGGGAAGCGAGGCAGCCUGACACGCCCCGGAUCAGGACGGUCGCUUCCAACCCCGCCGAUCCAUCAGACCCCGCCACAGCUGUCACCGCAACGGACGGAUACCUUGACCCGGCACCCCCAGUCCCGGCCCUUACCGGGGCCUCCAGCCGAUGCGGAGCCGCCGUCAGAUCCGUAUCUGGCCCUAAACGGAGUUGAGGGUUUGAAUCACCGGUCAGGUUCGAGAGCUGGCUACAACGCGCAGCUGAUGGAGGAAGUGGGAGCCGUGGUGGCGAAUCGGCGAAGGGCCGGAACAUCGAACCAGGACGCUCAUGACGCGCUUCUCCCGGAACCCUCCAGCGGUGUCUCGCUAGGCCCCCGCUUGUCCCCCGAUGAGAGGCACACGCAUACAAAUGGCAGUAUCGCGACUGGUACGGGUCAGUACGUGAACUACGACGCAUACAGUGAUGACAGUGAUGCUGAGGCCGCUGCGGGCUUGGCGAUGUUGCAAAUGGCGGAUGAAGAGGAGAAAGCGCAAGCUGAGCGCCAACAUGACCGUAGGCGGGAGACGACCGUCUCCAUCAUCAGUGCGUAUGGCGCCCAUUCAGAGACCCAGGACGCGUCUCAUGAGGACUGGAAUCCUGAUGAGUCCGGGUCAUACGGUGGAGACUACCGUCGGGCUUCCCAAUACGAUGAGGCGGAUUAUCAGACGAAUGGCUAUGGUGAUGACUCGGAUCAAUCUAGACUUGUACCCACUCUGGGCUCCUUGAGACAAUCCAACUUGUCCCACGACGAACGUGAGGAGUAUUCUGAUGACUAUCAAUACCCUCUUGAGCCGCUAGAUGCUGCUGGAUAUUCUUAUGCAGAUACCCCCCAGCAUGCACGGGUGGAUGCUGGAGGCACUGGGGGCCUGGCAGAGCCGGGAGAGUACGAACGUCGGAUGAGCUUCGACUACGGAGAUGAGACCGACACGCCGUUAUCCCAACAGGAUCGUCUGCAGCGAUCGGAAAGUGACAGCUCCGGCCGGGGCGAGGAGCCUGGGGACCUCUUCUUCCACCCCGGCAUGCGGCCGCUUCCACCGGCUCCCGUGGAGCCGGCCAACAAUCCAGGCUUGAUGUCUCAGUUGAUGCCGGCAGGGACGUACCGGCACCCGGAUCAGGGUGACGUGCAGAGCUCUACCGAGUAUACACCCUCCUAUUUCCCUGUUGCUCCAGACUCGUACAGCCCGACCGUCCCUAGCUCUACUCCAGUCCCACGGUCGACGUCUUUGUCGAGUCAUCCAAUUGGUCCUCGUACUGACCCCCCUAUCAGAUCGAAGACCGAUGCGGACCGGGCCAAGUACAAACAGCAGCAGGAGCUGCUGCGCCAGCAAACGUUUGGAGGCCCCGGAUCGGAUGUUUCCCCAGAUGCUGCCGCGGCGAUGACGCUCGAUCUGCCUACGAUCCCCGCGGGGCGUCGUAAGAAGUUCAACCCGUCGAAGCUGUCGUCGGAACAAUUCCGUCGCUGUGCGGAGCCAUGGGCUUUGAGCUCCAUCUUGACGUGGAUUCGGGAUCUGAGCGAGGACGAGACCGACCUGAAGGAGCAGGCGAUCGUUGAGGCUAUUGUUGCCCUCUUCACACACAAAGUGCCGACGAUGAAUAUCGCGGAUGCCGAAACCCUGGCCGCGCGCGUUGUCAAGAACAUGAUGGAUGAGGAGGCCCUCGUGAAGGACGAGGAGUGGGUCAAGUUCAGCAGCGGCACUCUGUCGGGUGUUCUGUUCCAGAUCACAGGCACCGGAUGCUACUCCUCUCGACUCCAUGAACACGGUGCGGAAGCCUUCGGGCGUUGUUAUUCUCACCACUGUAUGCGGACGCUCAAGAAAGUCAACCUGAAAGCGCAAUUGAUGGAGCCGGAGAAAAAGGCGGAAGACUGGGUGACGUUCUACAUGGUCCCGAAGGAAGUCUGGGAGACUUACCCCAAGAAGGAAAUCGAUCGACAGAACAACCUGCAUGAGAUCGUAACCACUGAGGAUUCCUACAUCUCCCAGUUGGAUGUGCUGCGCGAGCUCUAUCGGGAUCAACUGGAGAAAAUGCAGCCGUCGGUGAUCGCGCCCAAACGUCUGAGCAAGUUCCUGGUGGAUGUUUUCGGAAAGGUGGAUGCGGUCAAGAAGGUAAACGAAGACCAUCUGCUGGCGCAGCUCAAGUACCGUCAGAAGGAACAGGGUCCGUUCAUCGGUGGAUUCAGCGAUAUCUUCCGGGAGUGGAUUCGCAAGGCGAAGACCGUUUAUGUCGACUAUGCCGCGACGUUCCCCAGUGCCAAUUAUCUGGUGCGCAAAGAGGCAGAGCGCAACAUUCACUUCCGCCAGUUUCUGAACCAGGUCCGUGACCACAAACUAUCCAAUCGUCUCAGCUGGGAUACCUACCUGAAAGCGCCCAUUACUCGAAUCCAACGAUACACCCUGCUCCUCAUCACGGUCCACAAGAACAUGCCCAAGGACUCCGAAGAGAAGGCCAAUCUGGCACAGGCCAUCGAGGAGAUCAAGAUGGUCGCCCUGGAGUGCGACAACAAAGUCGGCGAAAUGAGCAAGAAGGUUGACCUCAUGGAGCUCUCGUCCAAGCUGCAGCUCCGUCCGGAAAUGAAGAAGGAAGUCGAACUGAACUUGGAGCACCUGGGUCGCGAAGUCAUCUUCCGGGGUGACCUGCAGCGGCCAGGAACACGAACCCGGUUCUUGGUGGACACUCAUGCUAUCCUCUUCGAUCAUUACCUGGUGCUUGCGAAGGCCUUCACCGCUCGGGAUCCUUCGAGAACGGUCAAGUACGAGAGCUACGACGUGUCUAAGCUUCCGAUUCCCAUGGACCUUUUGGUCCUGGAGAGUACCAAUGAUGAUCCCGUCGUGAAGUCCUCGGUCCGUGGUGUAGCUACUGUGACUCCCCCGCAGGCCGUCGUCGGCCGUGGUGUAGGCGCUGGGCCUCUCACCCACACUGCGAGCGGUAACUCGGCUAGUUCUGGCAACUCGAACUCUGGACGGACGUUGGUGCCUGCCACUGUUCUUGAAAGCUCCAAGGACGACAAGAUCCUUUACCCGUUCAAGAUAAAGCACCUUGGCAAGAAUGGAACAUACACACUUUAUGCAUUCUCUGCCCAGAACCGACAGGACUGGUGCGAGAAGAUUGAAGAAGCCAAAACGAAACAUGCUGCCGCUCUGUUUGCCCAGAAUGCAGAGCCGUUCAGGCUCCGCGUGCUCGCCGACACCGCCUUCGCUUCUUCUGACAGUUCGGCGCCUUCCACCAGCAUCACCAUUGAGGGUACGCCUCUAGAUCGCGCCAUCAAAGAGGUGGAGGACCGCUAUUCUGGCUCGAAGACCCGGCCGCCACCAAUUUGCAGGGCUGCUGUUCACUGUGCUACAGUCUUCCAGCAGCCCGCUGGCCGAAUGAUGUGUGCCAUCGGUACUGAUUACGGCGUUUUCAUCUCCGAAUACAAUGACCCUCGUGGCUGGGCUCGGGCUAUACCUAUCGUGCGCGUGACGCAAAUCGCGGUGUUUGAAGAAUUCAACGUCUUCCUGCUCAUUGCCGACCGGUCUUUGAUUGCUUACCAUUUGGAUGUCGUGUGCCCUCCGGGUGGCGUGUCGGCUCAGACGACGACGGACUCUUCCCGCAAAGCGCCCCAGAAACUAUCCGGGAGUCGAGAAGUGGGCUUCUUUGCGGCCGGACAUAUGAAGGAUCGCACGUUGGUCAUGUACAAGAAGCGCGAUGGACUGUCGUCCACUUUCAAGAUACUCGAGCCAGUCGUGCAGAAGUCAUCCAGUAGCAGGACCCGGCUAUUCCAGUCUCGUCGUUCGCAGACCGAGUUCUUCCGGGAGUACGACGAAUUCUACAUCCCUGCGGAAAGUUAUGGCAUGAACCUGUUCCACUCUUCUCUCGCAAUCUCGACGCAACGAGGCAUCGAGAUCCUCACGAUCGACAAGAAGCACACGUGGUCUGUGCCGGACUUCCGAUCCGAGGCACCGCCCGAAGCGCAAGCGCAACUCACCAGUAUCGCCCAUCGGAUUGGCGCUCUUCGCCCGUUAGGCAUGUUCCGCCUCAGCGACAGCGAGUUCCUGGUUGUGUACACGGAAUGUGCCGUUUACGUGAACAAACACGGCGACGUUUCCCGCAGUGUGGUCAUGGAAUUCGUGGGACACGCGCACUCCGCGUGCCUGUACGGCAAAUUCCUGAUCCUAUUCAACGAGGACUUCGUCGAGGUGCGAAACGCCAUGAAUGGCCGUCUCCGUCAGGUUAUCCCAGGCCACAACGUCGUCUGUCUCGAUGACGGCAGCAGCAUGCCCGGCUCCGGCGCCAACAGCAUCCCCACCAGCGCGGGUGGCGCAGUCAAUCUCUCCAGCGGACUGUCGAACGGCGCGUCCCUGGCAUCCAGCGGCCGCACAGUCAAGAUAUGCAUGCAACAUCCCGAAUACGAACGGAGCCAGAUCAUCCUCGAACUGAUCGAGAACGAGGGACAGAAGGAUUAG